UCUGUUAGAAAGUUGUUUAUGCAGAACCUCUGUUGACCAAUCAACGUCUACCUUCCUUCAUAAUCAACGAGAAGUUUUCAAGAUGGGGCUUGAAAGUACUAUGGUCUGUGUGGACAACAGCGAAUACAUGAGGAAUGGAGACUUCUUGCCCACAAGACUGCAGGCACAACAGGAUGCCGUCAACAUUGUUUGCCACUCCAAGACUCGCAGCAAUCCAGAGAACAACGUGGGGCUCAUCACAAUGUCUAAUAACUGUGAGGUGCUGACCACUCUCACCCCAGACUCCGGUCGCAUCCUCUCCAAACUGCAUGCUGUCCAGCCUAAAGGGAAAAUCUGCUUCGGUACUGGCAUCAGAGUGGCUCAUUUGGCCCUGAAGCACAGACAGGGGAAAAACCACAAGGUGAGAAUCAUCGCUUUUGUGGGCAGCCCAGUGGAGGACAGCGAGAAAGACCUUGUCAAACUUGCAAAGCGUUUGAAGAAAGAGAAAGUGAAUGUGGAUGUGGUGAACUUUGGCGAGGAGGAAGUGAACACGGAGAAGCUGACUACCUUUAUCAACACGCUGAACGGGAAGGAGGGCACCGGGUCUCACCUGGUGACUGUGCCCCCGGGCCCCAGCCUGGCCGACGCACUGCUCUCCUCCCCCAUCCUGGCGGGUGAGGGCGGUACCAUGAUGGGCCUGGGGGCCAGCGACUUCGAGUUUGGGGUGGACCCUAGCGCCGACCCUGAGCUGGCCCUGGCUCUGCGUGUGUCCAUGGAGGAGCAGAGGCAGCGGCAGGAGGAAGAGGCUCGCAGGGUUGCUGUAACUUCAGCAGCUGAAGCAGGCGUCCCCACCCCCACAGCAGAUGAGUCAGCAGAGGAGGCCCUGUUGAAGAUGUCCCAGCCUGAGACAGGAGUGGCGGCUAUGCCAGACAUCAGUAGCAUGACUGAAGAAGAGCAGAUCGCCUACGCCAUGCAGAUGUCCCUGGCUGGGGGAGAGUUUGGCGAGUCAGCGAUGGACACAAGCGCUCCCUUGGACGCCGCUAAGGAGGAGGAGGACUACGAUGUGAUGCAGGACCCAGAGUUCCUCCAGAGUGUCCUAGAGAACCUGCCUGGAGUGGACCCUAACAACGAGGCCAUCCGAAAUGCCAUGGGCUCCCUGGCCUCCCAGACCGGGUCCAAACCGCCCGAGGGGAAGAAGGACGAGAAGAAGAAAUGAUAGACGCACAAUUGACUUGACGGAGGAUUUAAACGGCUGACCCACAGACUUUUCAAACAGGGACGAGAGGACACAAGACCGGACGGGAUGACAGGACGGGACUCAAUGAGACAAGCGAAGACAAACGUGUCCAUACAGACUAAACAGUAUGCAGAAAUGGACAGAACCAUAAAUAACCAGACUCACAGACGGAUGAACAGAAACGACAGAGAGGGAUGCCUGUGUGGUAACUUACAAUAAUAAUAAAUACAUAAAUAAGUAAAAUAAAUACAAAUAAAAAACGUUAAUAUAAAAAUUAUUUUCCAUUCGUUUUCCCUUCUCUCUUGUUACCGAACUGAUGUUGCUUAUGCAUCAGAUAUGCCUAAAAUGUAGUGUAGCCUGAACUGUUUUGUUUUGAUUUUUUUUUUUUACUAUUGCAAAUAAAGUGGAGUUGAACUGAA